AAUUUCGAGAUAUUAAUCGAAAAUGGCGCCAUGUACUUUUGAAUAAUUCGAUAUGUAAUAAUAUAUUAGUAGUAAUUGAUCACUCUUCGGAAAAUGAUAAAGUUUGAUUUUCUUUCUUUUAAAUUUUCUAAAUAAUUUAGUCACCUCAACUUAAUUUUCUGCAUACGAUACUGACUUAACAGCUGUUGUCCAUCAUUCGGAGAAGCAUGUGGAGUUAAAAGACACGAAUCAACGCUUGUCUUUUGAAUUUAGCAUUCAAGAUGAGUCGAAACAUGGAUUUAUUAAACAGCGUAAGUGAUAGUUUCACUGAAAAAACUUUAGAAGAUAUUUUAGCGAAAGCAACAAAAGAUGAAGGUCAGGAUGUGAGAAUUUUAUCCUGGGACUUUGGAGAAGCCAGUGCAAAAGGAGACAGUUAUUUAUCCACUGUCAGCAGAAUUCUUGUCAAAGGAGAAGUUAAUGGAAAACCGACUGAAGUGAAAUUGGUUGUAAAAUCAUUGCCAAAAAAUCUAGGAAGAAGAAAGACAUUCAGAAGUGCUGAUUUUUUCUACAAUGAAAUCACCUUUUAUGAAGAGGUAAUUCCCACAUUUGAAAAAUUCAUAAAAAGCAAAGGCCAGCCGCAAUUGUUAAAUAUUCCUCGUUGCUUGGCAUCAUUAAUAGAUGGCGAAAAUGAUUUUAUAGUUUUGGAAGAUGUUACUCCCUUGGGAUUCAAACCAGUCACGAGGCAAAAUUCUUUAGAUUUUGCCCAGUGUUGCUUUAUUUUGGAAGCAAUGGCUAGAUUUCACGCAGUAUCCUUGGCUUUCAAAGAUCAAAAUAAACAGGAGUUUGAGAUCAUGAAAAGCAAAAUUAAGGAGACAUACUUUGCUGACGAAUUGUGGGAGUGGUAUAAACGAUUCCAUGGUUAUUCUAUAAGAAUAACAAAAGAUGCAUUGGAAAAAGAAUAUCCAGGUAGUGAAGCUGAGCAAAAAUUCAAUUCCUACAACUUUGGCGAUUUGUAUUCUAAAAGUGCGGAAUUUUGUAAAAGGACAGAUUAUCCUACUUCUGUAAUAAAUCAGGGAGAUUCUUGGGCUCCUAAUUUUUUGGUGCAAGAAAUUGCCCCGAAUGAAAUGCAAGUUUUGAUGCUCGAUUUUCAACUAGCAAGAUGUGUGAGUCCUGUUUUGGACAUUGCAUUUUUGAUUUAUUCCUGUACAGAUAAACAGCUACGUGACAAACAUUUUGACGAAUUUUUGGAAAUUUAUCACAAGGAAGUCUCUAAAUCAAUUGAAUUGCUUGGAUCUAACCCUCAGAAAUUAUAUUCUUGGACUAUGUUUCAAAAUGAGGUAAAGGAACAAUUUAUCCACGGAAUGAUUUUUGCACUUGAAGCUAUUCCAUUUAGUAUGUUAUCAGAAGAGGACUCAUUUGAUUUGGAUGUUAUUGAAGGGGAGAAUAAAAUUGAUAUAGCGGACGUAUGGAAAGUGGAAAAUAUAAAAACCCCAGAAGGUCGACAACGUCUUGCGGAUGUGAUUGUUCAUGCUGAACAAAGAGGUUUUAUAUAAAAGUACAUCUAAUCAAUAAUUUUUCUAAUAAAUCACUAACUAAACAUAGAGAAUUAAUUAAAUAAUCAUUCCAUUUUUCUAUGAUAUUAAUAUUUUUAUACGCAGUAUGUAUGAAUCUUGUUCUAGUUUUAAUUGUGAAUAGACUAAUUUACAAUAACUGUAAAUUACUGACGAAAUAAA